GAGUUGAUCAACAUUGUUUUUCAGACCUCAGCUAAAACUCUCUAAAAUUCCACUAUUGUAGAGAAGAGGCGAACCGAUGGCGGAUCGUUUCUUCCCAAACUCUAUGCCGGACUUCAUGGUAGAAGCUACCAGAGAUAGCGAAACUACAGUCGGAGAAGACUCUCUCAUGAAACUCCUCUCCAUGCCUUACUCUGCCCUCUCUCAACAUUUCAAACGCACCGCUUUGGACCUAAAAGAAACUAUAACGUUAGAGACGUGGGGGAUAACUGGGCAAAAAGUAAAGGACUUUAGUCUCUACUGUGGCACUCUUGGCACUGCAUUCUUGCUCUUUAGAACAUAUCAGCUGACCCACAACAAGAACGAUCUCAUCCUAUGCUUGGCCAUCGUUAACGCUUGCAACUCUGUGACUUCUCGGGAUGUAACCUUUCUAUGUGGGCGGGCGGGAGUUUAUGCCCUUGGUGCUGUGGCUGCAAAGCAUGCUGGUGAUCAAAAUUUGCUUAAUUACUACUUAACCCAGUUUAAAGAGAUUAAGCUUCCACGGAAUCUGCCUAAUGAGCUGUUAUAUGGAAGAGCUGGGUUUUUAUGGGGUUGUGUUUUCUUGAACAAACAUAUCGGUGAAGGGACCAUUCCUUCUGCAACAAUUCGUGCAGUUAUUGAUGAGAUUAUCAAGAAGGGGCGAGCAAUGGAAAGGAAAGGAGGAUGCCCUUUGAUGUAUGAGUGGUAUGGAGAAAAGUAUUGGGGUGCUGCACAUGGAUUGGCUGGUAUUAUGCAUGUUUUGAUGCACCUGGAAUUGAAGCCAGAUGAGAUUGAGGAUGUAAAAAACACUCUUAGAUACAUGAUUAAGUAUCGGUUUCCAAGUGGGAACUACCGUGCAAGUGAAGAAGAUAGCAAGAGGGAUGUUCUUGUACAUUGGUGCCAUGGAGCUCCAGGAGUUGCCCUCACUUUAACCAAGGCAGUUGAGGUCUUUGGAGAUAAAGAGUUUCUAGAAGCAGCUGUGGAUGCAGCAGAAGUAGUCUGGAACCGAGGGCUACUAAAGCGAGUAGGGAUUUGCCAUGGCAUUAGUGGGAAUGUCUAUGUAUUUCUCUCACUCUAUCGAAUAACAGGCAACAUACAGUUCUUAUAUAGGGCCAAAGCAUUUUCUUGCUUUUUGCUUGAUCGAGCUCACAAACUUAUAUCUAAGGGAGAGAUGCAUGGAGGUGAUAACCCCUAUUCCCUGUUUGAAGGGGUUGGAGGUAUGGCCUACCUUUUCCUGGACAUGACCGUGCCCUCAGAGGCUAGAUUCCCUGCUUAUGAACUCUGAAAUGUUGCAUCCUCAUCCAUUGUAUUUACGAAUAUUAGCAUUCAACUAGCUUCUCACUAAUGUAUAUGAGAAUAAUGUAACACGUUUUUCGCCCAAAACUUGAUCAUUUCAACAGUCUGAUUUUAGUGA